GGAGCCUAGAGAUAUUUUGGUGUAGCCCAAACCAGAAUGAGAGAACCGAUUGUUUCCACGGACUUGGCAAACUCUGAGAAGAGGAAAGGGAUUUGCAGAAGAUUUGGGGAAUGGGCGCUGUGGCUGGAGGAGGUGUUGAGAGAUUGCUGUCUACUUGUACCGCUUUCCAGUUGCCUUCAUCUCACUCCCUGCUCUGUCCGAGAAGAAUUUCCCUGAUACGUCGCCGUUUCGGGAAACUCCCUCCUCGAAGACCGCCAUUAUCAACAUCGGUGGCUGCAGUCUUGGGAAGUUCUCCUCCAGCAAACAAGAGUGCAGAAAAUGAUGUUCUGCAAACAUUUCUUAAGGAGAGAGAGUUGAGUGGAGAUAUCAUAACGAAAGUUUCUGAUAUAAUUUGGCUUAGAAAGGCAAUCAGAAUUGAUGAUGAAGAGGCUGAUGUUACUCAACAAUCAGAUGAGAGCAUGGGAGAUGAAAGUGAGGGUGGGUAUCUGAAAUUGACGAGGACCCAUGAUUGGGUGGCAGGUGACAAUUCUGCUCCUGUCAACAAGAAGAUGUUCUCUAAGGAAUUACAGAAUGAUAGUGACAGAAGGAAGACAUUGAAUCUUCUGAGAUAUGAAGCACUCAAGAGGGAAAUGCUGCUUUUAACCGUGGGUAUUGGAACUUUUUGCAGUGGAUACUGUUUCCUAGCUUUAUCUGCACAGGCUGCUAUGAGUUAUGGGACAGGAGUUCUUUUCAGUUGCAUAUACCUCCAGCUCUUAUACAAAUAUGUGGAUAACCUCUCCAAGGAAAUGGUUCCACAGAUUUUCAGGCUAAAGAAGUCAAAAAAGAUUGGUAUAAGAAGCCAGGACCUGAAGGAUAUGCUUGAGAGAUCAGUUCAAGGUUCUGGUAUUUCUCUUUCAUCGCCUAGGCUUGUGAUCCCUGCUGCAAUAUAUGGAUUGUGGGGACUGUCUCAGCACUUUACCAGUGACUUAUUUGACUUCCAGCUUGUGCCAGCGAUGGUAGGGUUGUUUGCAUAUAAAGCCGCUGCCUUGGUUCAGGUUUACAGGGACAAUGAAGAUCUGAGAUUAAUUUUCCCAGAGGAUGGAGAAGGAUCAAGUGAAUGAAAGUUGGUUUUUGAAUUCCAAAGACGAUAAUCAUUCAUCUUCUCUGGAUCUUAGAGCAAAGUUGGCCAAUUUGUACAAGUCUUUGUCGUGCAGGAGUGAAAGGGAAUGCUGAAACAAGAUUGUCUACACCAGAUGGAAACUGGAGAGUGAGAAGAAAGAAAUUUCAAGCAAUAAGCGGACCUUGCAGCGGCCUCUCGAUGCAAAACCCGGUCAAGUCUCACUCAUUCUCUCUGCUGGACUAUUCAGGAAGCUAUAGAAAUUGUUUUACUGGUAUCGUAGAAGUAACAGAAACCUUGGGCUUUUAUUUUAUUUUGGGUCUCGACAGAGCACAAUCUUGGCCAUGCCAUAGAUCUGCAGUGAGGAACCAUCGAGACAAAGAUUUACCGUGCUGUCUCUAUAGGUUAGAUGUUGUCCUUUGGGAAUGCUUUACUGUGAGAUUCGGAUGAUAAGUAUUUGUAAGUUUGGUGUUUAUAGAACCCUUUCCUUACCAUAAGGGUGAGUUUAUGGACAGGAAUUUCUUAUGGGAUUAGGCUUUAAAUGUUUCUUUGGGGCUUAGCCAAAAAUUUGUGUGUUGACUUUGAUUUGUGAAUUAUUGAGUUU